ACACUACAACUCUCCACCACACCACUACAAGAAAGCGAGUGAGAGAGUGUUGGUCGGUGUGUUGGCGGGCUUUAAUAUUUUAGUCUUCAAAAAAAAUAAUAAUAAUAAUAACCACCACACCGCGUUCCUUGGGGCUCGCCGACUUUUUAUAGUCAAGCAGACUGAAAUCACCAAAAAGUUAGUGUUCUUCUAUAUACUCCAAAACUAGUAGUCGCUUUGAUCAUCAAUCAUUUCAGGGUUUUUCUUCAUCAAACCAUUCUCUUCCCAAAUCAGGUACUCAAAAGUUUUAACGCCCACAAAAUACACAUACCCUUUUGUGCUCUUUUUGUUUCUUCCCAAAGAGAUGUCUCAGAUUCAACAGUGGGAAGACCAGAAUGACAGUUCAGAGGAUGAGCAGACUCGGGUUUCGUUUAGAAAGGAGGAGCUGCAGGUUUUUGUGAUCCGUACGGUUCACCACACGGUCCAGGAAGCUAUAGAAAAAAAUGUCAUGCCUUUGAUUUCUAGAGUUGUCAGACAAGAAAUUGAAUUGGCGGUGGCUAGCUUGAAGCAGAGUUCUGGAAGUGGGAUACAUUCUGUGGAAUCAAGAAGCUUCCAACUAAAGUUCUUAAACAAACUCUCCCUUCCAGUUUUAACUGGAAAACACAUUAAAGGAGAAGGAGAUAUUCCCAUUGAAAUCGCUUUAUUUGAUACUAUCACUGAGCAACUGGUUAAUUCUGGGCCUGAAGCAUCAGCAAAAGUUGAGAUUGUAGUUGUUGAGGGUGAUUUUGAUGGUGAUACAAGAAGCAAUUCGGCACUUGAAGACUUUAACAAUAAGAUUGUUAGAGAAAAGGAAGGAAGAAAAUCUCUUCUUAGUGGAAAUGUGUAUCUGAAUCUGAAAGAAGGCAUCGGUUUUGUAGGUGAGAUUUCUUUUACACAUAAUGCAAAUUGGAUGAAGAGAUGUGAACUCAGGCUAGGGGCAAAAGUUGUGGAUAAUUUUAAUGGGGCUAGAGUAAGAGAAGCACUGACUGAAUCCUUUUUUGUCAAGGAUCGCCGCAGCACCUUGUAUGUGAAGCACUACCCCCCACAUUUGCAUGAUGAGGUGUGGCGACUAAAAAACAUUGGCAAAGAUGGUCCUUUCCAUGACCGUUUGUGCAGUAAAAACAUUAACACUGUGAAGGAUUUUCUCACUCAAUACUUCAUAAACCCUCGAACGCUCCGAGAUAUUCUUGGAACAAGCAUGACUACUAAAAUGUGGGAAGUUACUGUGGACCAUGCUCGAACAUGUACACUUGAUAACAGGUUGCACCUCUAUUUUCCUAUCAAUUCUCAGAAAAAGACUGGUGUGGUUUUUAAUGCUGUGGGGCAAGUGAUGGGACUACUUUUAGAUUAUUGUUACAUUCUAAUUGAUAACCUCCCUGAACUUCAAAAGGCUGAUGCCCACAAGUUGGUGUUAUCUGCAUUUGAACACAUGGACAAAGUAGUGUCUUUUGACAAUGAGACUUCUAUGCUUGCCUUUUUGUGGCGACUAGCUUACUCAAACUCACCCUGGUUGGAGAGUCUUGGUGGCUGUUAUGUAGACACUGAUGAUGGAUAUGACCACAUACAACCAAGUACCUCUUCCCACGCCAAUGAAGUAUUCUCUUUUGAUGAUGAGACUUCACUUAUGCACGACGCUUUGCAAUUAUCCUCUGCUGCUUAUACAUCUAACUCACUCAGUUUGGAGAAUCCUAACAGUUUCAAUUUUGAAACUUCUCACUUCAAUGAUGAAUGUAUCCAACCAAGCACCUAUUCUCCGGGCAUCAGUUCAUUUUUUCUAUCUUAUGGAAGUACAAGUAAUUGGAAUGAAUAUGGCUUGCAUGGAGCUGGAAAUGAGGAUCAUUUAGAUGACCAGGCUUUUGGUUCCCCAGGAAAUUUCGUUAACCCCUUGUUCUGUUAUGCAGAGUCCAUAAAUCAGUCCUGUGAGGAUGAGCAUUUGCCGUCUUUUGACACUGAUCAUUCUGUUCAAUAUCAGAACUCAAAUUUUGAAUCCCAGGGUGAUCUGCAAAGCAUUGUGAAUGGUUUUCUGUCCCGUGCUGCUGUUGCUCGGAGAAGUUGGACACUGUUAUUUGGUGUGCUGAGAUGGUAUUCAAGAAGGAAGAUUGCCGCGUUGAAGUUUGUUUCUUCAGAAAAGAUCCAUGCUACAAAAAAGUCGAGAAUCUACUGAAUGCUUACAUUGAAGUGCAAAGCAUAAACAUUGGUAUGCUCUUGGUUGUCUGUAUAAUUAUAGGAUGUAUUUUUUUAGUGCUAAGCAUAAGAACUGCUAUGCUCUCGGUUGCAUGUAUAAUUCUAGGAUAUGUGCUGCCCAAUUGAAAAUUGUGUGCAGUGUUAAGACUUUCAUUAAAUGUACAACUUGUUUUGAGGUUCAAAGCUGUUUGCUAGUGA